AGGUUACAGUGUUGAUCGUGGCGUGCAUGGUGGCCGCGGGCGCCGCCGCGUCUGAGGAGGGCGAACGCAGCCAGCGACUGUUCGGGUUCCUGACCACCACCUCCGUCACCCGCAUUGCCUCCACCACCAUCACGGCCGUCACCACCUGCCUCUCCAUCUCCGCCACACCUUGCCUGGGCCGCAGGAAGAGAGCCCUCUUCGCCAACAUUCUGCGCGACGCAGCUAUUCAGAACGCCAACCCGUCCUCCAGCCUAGAGAGCAGUAAAGCCGAGGAGUUCCGUGUGGAGGGCGCGUUCAACCCGCAAGAGGAAGCCGAAGUGACAUGGGAGGAAGGAGGAGCAGAUGGCGAGAACGACGACGACGGAGAGAACGGAAACUCAAACGGCGGUAACAGCAAGAAGGGCCGCGCCCUUACCAUCUGGACGUCACUGUUCACCACCAUCACCAUCACCAGCACCGUGGCCCAGGCCGGCACCACCAUCACCGCCAGCGCCCUCUGUAGUGCUCCAGGAGCUGUGGCUGGCUGCUUCCUUGUAUAUCGUAAUCUUUUCCCCAUGUUCAAGAGGCUACAUUUCUCAACGUUAAACUACAGAGAUACUUUUUUCACCCUGUACUGGGGAGUUUGCUUAAGUCUCUUCGAAGCUCGUCAGACUCUUAGUUGUGUCGUCUGUAAACUUGCUGAUGUUAUUAGUCACUCCUGUAUCAAGGAUGUUGAUACAGAGACAUCCACCCACUGCGAUUUCACUCCGUAUAUGUCGAUUCUUCUGUCUCUCUUCCAGGUUCUGAUCAAAUUUAAUGUUUCCUCUGAUGCCUCUGAAGCUGUAGUUGGUGACUCCUUGUCCCCAGCACCAAGUGAAGCAGCAAUGAAGACCAGUGUGGCGCUGCUCCUGCUGGCGCUGGCGGCGGUGAUGGCGACGGAAGGAGGAGAAGGAGGAGGCGGUGAGAAGAUAGUGUCUCCCCUGAAGGCCGAAGACACACUCGGCUCCGCCAAGAGGGAGGAGAGGAUCUUCGCCUUCCUGACCACCACCUCCGUCAAGCGCCUCGCCACCACCACUAUCACGGCCAUCUCCACCUGCCUCUCCACCGCAGUUGGCGCCACCUCCUGCGUCGGCCGCAGGAAGAAAUCAGCCUUUCUGUCCAUUGACAAACUGGACGACUUCCUCCACCAGGAGCGUCAAGGACAAGCACUCGACGACACCCUGCUGACGGGGAGCUUGGAGGACCAACUGGAAGUCAAAGAUGGCUUGAAGUCAGACAAGCGGGUACAUGUGGACAGAGAGGGCCGGAAACUGACCAUCUGGUCCACCUACAUCAGCACCCUCACCCUCACCUCCACCUCCUACCUUACCGGCACCACCAUCACCGCCACCGCCUACUGCAUCGCUCCGGGCGUCACCCAGGGAUGCUUCGGCAAGUAGAGCUGAAUCCAUUCGUGGCCAAUUGCAUCCUGUGACGCAGGGACGCAUCCCGGUAAGCUAGAAUGCAUUCUGUAAAGCUGGAAUGCAUCCUGGGACGCACGAAUGCAUCCCGGUAAGCUAGAAUGCAUCCUGUGAAUCUGGAAUGCAUCUUGGGACGCAGGAGUGCAUUCUGUGAAGCUGGAAUGCAUCCUUUGGACGCAAGAAUGCAUCCCGGUAAACUAGAAUGCAUCCUGUGAAGCUGGAAUGCAUCUUGGGACGCAAGAAUGCAUCCUGGUAAGCUGGAAUGCAUCCCGGGAAGCUGGAAUGCAUCUCGCUACGUUUCCAUGCAUCCUGGUACCUACAAAUGCAUCUAGCAUACAGGGACGCGCCCUAGAAUAGUGACCAUGGGCAAGGAUGGACAUAAUACAAGUGCCUGGCUUCGUGGCCCUCACCAAGAACACGCACGUGUUUGGACUCACAUUAACAUGUACUAAAAUUAGCAAUACAGUAUUCAACCCUA